AUGGAGGAGUUGUCGACCGAGAUAAGCGCCUACCUGAAUAGCUCGGGGAACGGAACCGCCGGCCCGCCGCCGGUGCCCCUUUUAAAAACUGUGCACGAUAUUUUACUUGUGGUGCUCCUGGUGGCCGUUAUGUUCGCUAUGGGAUGUCAUAUCACGUGGGAACAACUAUGGAUCCACAUUCGCCGUCCUGUGGGAAUUGUCAUCGGUAUGUGCAGUCAGUUCGUCCUCCUGCCCUUGUCUGCCUUCUGCUUAAUCAAAAUUCUCAACCUGGGCAUCCUCCACGCUACGGGUCUACUCCUCUUGGCCUGCAGUCCCGGAGGAGUGACGUCGAACAUCUUUACCUAUUUCUGCGAUGGCGACAUCUCACUCAGCAUUGCAAUGACAACUUGCUCGACGUUGGUGGCAUUGGGAAUGAUGCCUCUCAACUUGUAUAUGUAUGGUCAGAAUCUGAACCAAGAUGAUGUCGUCAUACCUUACGGCAAAAUGGCGCUGUCUCUCGUCUCCGUCACGUGUCCUGUGUUAGUAGGAAUGCUUGUGCAUUGGAAAUUUCCGAAACUUGCUGCAGCUCUCACAAAAAUCGGCAGCUAUGCAGGAUUGCUCAUCAUUGUGAUAUGUCAAACUAUGGAAUUUUUCAUCUUCCCCAACAUUUUCGCUAACGUACCUUGGCAACUCUAUUUUUCCGUCGUCAUUCUUCCUUUCCUUGGCUUCUCCCUCGGUUAUACGUCGGCAUGGCUGUGUCGUCAGAAGCCUCAAGUUAGAAGAACGAUAUCUAUCGAGAGCGGAGUCCAAAAUGUCGGAACGGCACUUACUGUAGCUUCGUUAUCGUUUCCAUUCCACAACCUGGAAAAAGUGCUGCUGUUCCCUUGGCUCUAUGCGUUUUCCAUGACUGGCGUGUGCGUCAUUAUUUCAGCCUUCUACCAGUUAUACGUUCGCCAAUGUUCGUUGUCUAAAUCUGUGGAAACCCUUCCAGCCGACUGCAACGUAAGUGCUGUGCGAUAUGCAGAAGAAGGCGGAAAAGCUAAUGGAGCUUACAUUGGUGAUUCGACAAAAAUGUGAUACAUCAUAUGGAUUAGCGCAUCAAAUGUUUAUUUAUUGAAAGAAAUGUUGCGAUACCACCGAGAAAGAGGAAGCAUCAAUAUGACCGAGCAAAAGGACAGUUGUCUCCGAAAGAAUGGAACAAAAUCUUGCUAGUGAUAUCAGCAGAAGACCAUGAAGGAACUGGGUGAUCGAUUUAAAAGAGGAUCUGUUUUUCGUAAUUAUUAUUGCUGAUAGAUUUGCCGUGCGGAGCAUUCGUGCCCGGACACACUCCAAGCAUAGUCAGUGAUUAGUUCACAAAGCGUGUCGUUAAAUCGUAAUUGAAUUCAAAACAAAAUAGUAAACGCAUCAAAUCGAUAUUGAUUCAUCUUCGAUGUUUCUCAAUAAGUUAUCUAACAUAAAUGUUAUAACGUCAAUCUCCCGAUUUCGUGUUUUUUUACAUUUUCUCGUGUUUUUAUGAGUCGCCUUUUUUUUCUGUUUUGAAAAUUUAUGAAGGAAAACACAAAAAUUUCCUACUGUUUUUAUUUCCAACAUCAAUCAUCAAAACGUUUCACUUACUUCUCAAUAGAUUGCGUCCGUUCAUUUAAGUCGAUCGAGGGAGUUCAAAAGUACGGAUUUUUCCAAGUGAAAUGUUUCAAAAAACUGCCAAAAGCGUAAUUGUUUAUUUUUCGCCGAUAGCGCCGAUUAAAUGAAAUAUCUUCAAGGGGAAAAAACAUGGCUAUAAGUAACAUUGCAUCUCUAUAUCUGCUUCAUCCCCGAUCAUUCAACAGGAUGGAGAAAUUCACCCUCACUCAAAGUAGACUCUAAUCAUUAUACUUCAACUCUAAAAUAGUUUUGCCACAUUCACAUUAGUUACAUUAAAAGUUAUAACGAAAAACACCGACGGAUAAUCUUUUUAAUCGAUCACCCGUCAGAAAUAUCAGAACAAAAACAAAGAAUCUUUGCCAUAAAAGCAAAGAUGGAUUUCAUAUUUUCUCCUACAUCAUGCGGAGAAACAUUGUAUAUUUUCAUUUGGUUUAUUUCUUUUUAUAUAUUUAGUACUUUGUGUAGAGAAAAUAUUUUCUUUUGUACUCUAAAAAUAAAAAA